GUGGAAUCCUUGGCUUUGCUGUUUGCAACUCUAAUUUUUAGUUCUCAGAUGAGACCAAUCCUGGCUAGAAAUCAGGAGGAACGACAGAUGUUACAUGGUGGAAAUUAUGUGGGAAAUUUAACUGGAUUAGUUAAUGUAAUAGCUGAAGCAGAAUGCAGUUUCUUUUGUGUUUUCUGACCUAUUUCUUUAUCUUGGGGUCUUUGUGAACCGAAGUUUAGCAAUGGAGAAGAUAAAGUGCUUUGGUUUUGAUAUGGAUUACACACUUGCUGUGUAUAAGUCCCCUGAGUAUGAAUCUCUUGGAUUUGACCUGACUGUAGAAAGAUUGGUUUCCAUUGGAUAUCCUCAGGAGCUGCUCAGUUUUGUCUAUGAUCCUUCUUUCCCUACCAGAGGUCUGGUGUUUGAUACACUUUAUGGAAACCUGUUGAAAGUCGAUGCCUAUGGGAACCUCCUAGUGUGUACACAUGGCUUUAACUUUGUUAGAGGGCCAGAAACUCGGGAGCAGUACCCAAAUAAAUUUAUUCAGAGGGAUGACACAGAGAGAUUUUACAUUCUGAACACGCUGUUCAAUCUACCAGAGACCUACCUGUUGGCUUGCCUAGUAGAUUUCUUUACUAACUGUGACAGGUAUUCUAGCUGUGAAACGGGGUUUAAAGAUGGAGACCUCUUUAUGUCCUUCAGGAGUAUGUUUCAGGAUGUCAGAGAUGCUGUUGACUGGGUUCAUUACCAGGGAACCCUCAAGGAAAAGACACUUGAGAAUCUGGAGAAGUAUGUGGUGAAAGAUGGGAAAAUGCCAUUAUUGCUCAGCCGCAUGAAUGAGGUUGGAAAGGUGUUUCUUGCCACAAACAGUGACUAUAAAUACACAGAUAAAAUUAUGACUUAUUUGUUUGAUUUUUCACAUGGACCAAAGCCUGGGAGCUCUCAUCAGCCAUGGCAGUCGUACUUUGAUCUAAUCCUCGUGGAUGCACGAAAACCCCUCUUUUUUGGAGAAGGCACAGUAUUGCGUCAAGUGGACACUGUUACUGGCAAGUUGAAGAUUGGUACCUACACAGGGCCUCUGCAGCAUGGCAUCGUCUAUUCUGGUGGUUCCUCAGAUACAAUCUGUGACCUGCUGGGGGCUAAGGGCAAAGACAUUUUGUACAUUGGAGACCACAUCUUUGGAGACAUCCUAAAGUCCAAGAAACGUCAGGGUUGGAGGACCUUCCUGGUGAUUCCUGAACUAGCCCAGGAGCUGCAUGUCUGGACUGACAAAAGCUCCCUUUUUGAAGAGCUGCAGAGUCUGGACAUUUUCUUGGCGGAGCUGUACAAGCAUUUGGACAGUAGCAGCAACGAACGGCCUGACAUCAGUUCCAUCCAGAGACGUAUUAAGAAAGUGACUCACGACAUGGACAUGUGCUACGGGAUGAUGGGAAGCCUGUUCCGUAGCGGCUCACGACAGACCCUCUUUGCCAGCCAGGUGAUGCGUUAUGCAGAUCUCUAUGCAGCAUCUUUCAUCAACCUCCUGUACUAUCCGUUCAGCUACCUCUUCAGAGCUGCCCACGUACUGAUGCCACAUGAAUCGACGGUGGAGCACAUUCAUGUUGACAUUAAUGAAAAGGAGUCACCUCUGGCUACACGCAACCGCACCUCAGUGGAUUUCAAAGAUUCCGACUACAAACGGCAUCAACUGACCCGGUCAGUCAGUGAGAUUAAACCACCUAACCUCUUCCCCCAGACUCCUCAGGAAAUCACACAUUGCCAUGAUGAGGAUGAUGAUGAAGAAGAGGAAGAGGAGGAAGAAGAGGAAUAGGAAGGAAAAAUGGAAGCCUCUCUGAAGACAAAACAUGAUUGUGGCAGUGAUAAGCGGGAGUGGAUUCCCAUUUUUGGUUCCAGGGGGAAUGGAUGUGAUUCUUUCAAAGGCACAAUUUGAAAGUUUCCAAAAACUUUUUAAAAUUAACUAAUCAGAAGGAGCCCCUUGUUUUUAAUUUUGUGAAUCUGCUCUUUGCAGACGGUUCAAAAUGCCAAUGGAUUCUGCACUACGGGAGAUUCUAACAGUGUAUUCAGACUGGACUGCACACAAGUGUUGUCUAUAAUGCCUCCCCUGUUACAUAUUAGGGAUGCUGCAUGGUUUUUCUCUUUUUCUUCCCAUUGGUGCAGUUCAUUUGGUUUUCAUUGAACGGUAUCUUAUGAAUGGUUUGGAAUUUCUACAGUCUCCGUAGAGAAGGAAGGAUGCAAUGUGCCCUAUAGCAGACAAAACGGUCUGACAAGAAUCCUCCUACUGCGAGUUGUGCCACUGUUCUUAACUCUCAGCUUUUUUGGAUACAAAUUCUCCCCCUACCAAAUACUGUGUUCUAUCCAGGGAAACGUUAUGGCUUCCAGCAUUGAAUUUACCCUCUGCUAAGCACAAGUUUCCCCUUAUAAGCGCGGUUUAAUGUUCUACAUUACUCUGGCAAUAACUGAUUUCAGUGGGAUUUCGGUACUUACUAGCAUUCAGUAGUUUUGAGUUUGUCAGAAAGUCUGCUGUCUUCCCCUUGGUGGAUAGAGACUUAAUUCUUUCAUCAUUGGCAUGUAAUGCAUGAUUUCUGUUACAUUUAUAAAACAAGUGACUCUUG